AUGCACUACGAAGGAGAUACAGAUGUAGAAGAGAUUUAUGAGGAGGAAGAAGAAGAGAGUGAUGGUGAUGAGUUUGGUGUUGAAGUGCCUAGGAGCAAAGCCUAUAGGGCAAGGAAGAAGGCUUUUGAUGUUGUGAUGGGAGAUCAGAAGGCACAGUAUACUAGGCUCAAGGACUACUUACAGGGAUUCUUGAAUGGUUGCAGGCCUUUCAUACGUGUUGAUGGUUGCUUCAUCAAGUUGACUACUGGACAACAGAUUUUAGCCGCAACUGGUAGAGAUGGAAACAACAACAUAUUCCCGAUUGCAUUUGGUGUUGUCGACAAAGAAGAUACUACUAGCUGGCUAUGGUUCUUAACCCAGCUUAGGUACUGCAUUGGAGAGUCAGGCCAAUUUGGAUUUAGAGGGCCAGAGCUGAAAAAAUAUAUGGAUGCAGCAAGUUACUCAUAUACCAAAAAUGGCUUUGAUCUUGCAAUGGCUGCAAUGAAAGAUGACUGUGAAGAGGCAUACAAUUGGCUGGCGCAAAUCCCUCCUAAAACUUGGGCAAGACAUUUAUUUGACACUAACUGCAAGAAUGACCUUGUGGUCAACAACAUCAGUGAAGUCUUUAACAAAAUGAUUUUAAAUGUGAGGAGCAAGCCAAUUAGAACAAUGCUUGAAGGAAUCAGAAACAAACUAAUGGUGAAGUACAAUCGAACAAGGGACAAAGCAGCAAAAGCUAGAUGGGAGAUCACUCCUUUCUAUUCUGAGAAGCUAGCUGAGGCAAAGAGGUGGUCCAGAGAUUGUACUGCUAAGGUGACAGAGGAUGGUCUUUGGCAGGUGACAAGUGUUAGUGGAAGAAUUGUGGCCGUGGAUCUUAAGAAACACUCUUGUUCUUGCAGAAAGUGGGAUCUCACUGGUAUCCCCUGCAACCAUGCAGUGGCUGCAAUCAUGAAGUUGUCACAACAUGCCGAAGAUUAUGUGCACGACUUCUUCAAAAAGCCAAUGUACGAGAAGGCUUUCUCGUAUACAGUUUACCCUGUUCCUGGACCUGAGGACUGGAAUACAACAGACACGCAAGAUAUCGACCCACCUGUGUUUAGGGAUAGGCCGGGAGGAAACAAACCGUGA